AUGGACACAGAUCUGUUCAAUCACACAUCACUCUUGACUCUGAGGGGAUCCCUCCAAACGGCAAGCCUUGCGCAAAACCGCGAACUCCAGCCACCACCGGGGGGAUGGGUGGGGCCAACUUCAAGAGCUGAAGAGAUGGCCACUUAUACCGCCGAGAUUGAGUACGUGGCAAGAGGCGAGGAGCCGAUGGUGUUUACAGUGCAAUGUGUGGCCGGACCAACACCGGAGGAGACGGUGGAGGAGUUCGCCAGUCGGUGCCUAGAUAAGUGCAGGCAGUCUACCGAUCUUCCGGAGGGUUUCUUGGCCAGAGUGAUUCUGCCCCACCGCGGGGAGAUGCUGCGGCUCGACCGGGGGUCCUGGUCUGCCCCCUGCUCCGUGGUGCUUGAUGACAGCCUCUCGACUGUGAAGGUCACCAUCGUUGACCGGGAAAUGAACCGGCACAUGAAGAGUGUUCGUGAAACUUUUGCACGGAGACCAUUGUAAGGUCACCGUCGAAGCAGACUGCAAAAGGGAUAAGGCUGCCAGGUUCGGUGAUAGACGAUGUACAAAGAAGCACUGUAAAGCUGCCCCCCCAAUAGAGGCAAGUGCUGUCCUCGAAAAGCCGCGCCACCCAUUUUAUAGAAGUACAUGGUUUACGACAUUAAACAUCUCCCGCGUUGCACUUUCUUGUUGUAUUGCACGCUGCCAAACGCAUG